UAAAUAAAUUAAUUAAUUAACUGCCGAAAUUAACGAAUUAACUUUUGUUUACGAUCGGAACAUCGCCACCUCUCUUUAUACUACAUUGGUUUGACAGUUUGACAUCGAUCGCGCGUGUUUGUUGUUGUUGUGUUUGGAAAUGUUUUGUCGUGAAAAGAAGGCAAAAAAAGCAACAAAAAAACAUCCGCAAGGCACAGGCAAACCAAAAAAGAGCCACCACCACAAAAGCAAUCUGCGUAGCUUCCUCCUGGACGAUACCGGAGGCAACUCAUCUAGACAAGCUGGCCCGGCAGGAUGAUGCAAAGCAGAGGAUUAUUAAGUUUCGGUGAGAACCCCAUCACUCGCCUGCUACUCGUUCCAGGUGCGCCGGAGCCUGCAGCUGAUGCUGCAAUCUUUGAAGCGGGCUCUCACCAUCGACGCCAACAAACCAUCGCAUCCAGUAAAAUCAACGAAAGCGACAAACUGGUGAUCCACCGCGAAUCAAACUAUUCCGCGGAGCAAAGUCGGCGGGUGGAUUCGGCGAUAACUGGGAGAGGCGUUGGAGAUUUUGAAGGAAAAUGCUCUUCCGUCGAGACUCCCGCCAAGCAGCUGAAAAGGUCGGCCCCGCUGUCGGUCGUGCCAAAUCCACGACAUCCGUUACCAUUACCCGGGGAACAGCAACCGACGACAAAGCUAAAUUUGGACUUUUCCCGUGAUCCGGAAGCGGCGCAUCUGUCCUUGUCCCAGAGUCAAGCUGUACUUCUCGGAGAUUCGAGUGUUUUUUAUGUGCGUAGUGCAAUCAACGAAGUUUUUUUUUACUCGAUCGAUAGUCUGGGCCAAUAAAUUCAGCGAUCUGUAUACGAUUGGAGUGAUCGAGAGUAACAACAUCUGAUGCUACAGUGUGAAUGUUUUCUUUUCAGUUAAUAAAAAAAACGUUCUGAUUUUUAAAACUUUUAUUCGCAUACACCUGCGACCUGCGUUUUGAUGACCUCGUUAGAACCGACGACAGUUUCUCUGGCACGAUGAACUUGUUGGUGGUGACCACUCCAGCUUGACGCAAAUUUGCUUUUCGACGACAUCGGCCGGAAAGACCAUAUCCUCGAAAGUGGUGUCGUACGCGGCGAUCAGAGAGCAGGAACGCGAUCUAUUCUGCUUGUUAAUGGCGGGUAGAAGCUCGAAGGCCGGUGGACCUCGCUGACUGAGUUGAUGUAAGCGUGACAACGACACCGCUAAAGCGUUCGCUGGCGGGAACCGCUUCCAGCAGGCCGCUGGUGAUGGUGAU